AUGUCGUCUACCAUGGAUCAAGCCGAGGGAGCUUAUUUGAAUCUCCAGGAGCUGCGCGUCCGCUGCAAUCUGUACAUCGUCUGCGGCAUCUUCGUCAUCAUUCCCAACAGCAUAUGCUGUUUGGUGUUCAAUUCGACGAAGGAGUUUCGACAGCGAUUCUCAUUCUUCACCAUGCUCAUUAUUGGCGAUAUUACCAACGGCCUCUCAUUCAUUCUCAGCGGCAUCGGAAGGCUCACACUUCUCGAUAGUCGCGACUUCUUCAAUCCCGCCGAAAGUUUCGAUUGUCUCACGAAACAUCUUUGGCCAAUAUUUUUACUUCUUGGAGGCCAACUCCCAGCAACGUUCACAAUCCUUCUCACAGUCGAGCGUGUGCUCGCCGUGAGCCGUCCGAGCUGGUAUCGAGUCCAAUGGACCCAUUCGAAGAGAUUCCAUCUCACCGUCUUGGCCCUUUUAUUCUGUGCGACACUAAAUGUCAUCGCUCUCCUGGUGGCCCUAUGGGCUCCAUUCAAGAAUCCCGAUCAAAUCUGCGCUGUCAUGAAUUCCACAGGGAUCAUCUACGGAACUGUGCAUUAUAUAUGGAUUGCGUUCUCAUAUUUCAUCGCGUUUGCAAUCACUUCCUACCUAUUUUUCCGCUCGUUCAAAUCCAAAUUUCUGAAUGUCGUCGAACGACGCAAACAAAUAUCGGUGCUGUGCCUUUCCGGAAUCGGCGUUCUGCUCGUCAGCAUUCCCAAUAUUGUGCUCGUCGUCGACGAGUUUCGAACCGGACACUUUGAUGUCCUUUUUGUUGGAGUCACUUAUUGCUUGUACGGCAUUCAAUCAGCUCUCAAUUUUCCGGUUUUUUAUUUCUUCCGUCUCGAAUUCCGAAGACGACUUCACGAUAUUUUCUCGUUUCGAAAACGACGAACGAGUAAUUUCCAGGCGAAUUCGGCGCCAACCUCGCGCGUUGCCAAUGCGAGAACAACAAAAACAUCAUAA